CUCAAUUGGAAAGAAAAGGAGAGGUAUCGGCCCAAAUCCGAGUAAGAUUUAACGCAAAUCCCCAGCCAUCCAAAACUCAUACGUAGCUACCUUACGGCGGAACCCCUGUGUUUGUUCUCUUCAUCUUUAAUUCUCGGCCCAAAUCCAAUACUGAGUUAUACUUGUAGGUGUGACAAGAAAUGGUGCGAGCAUACAAAGUAAAAGGUGAAAAGAGAAAAAAGAGAGGAGAGAAUUAUGAUAAAGAAGAAGAAAUAGAGGAACAUGUGGAAGAGGAAUCAACAGGGUCAGAAAAAAGAGCGAAAAUCGAACACACUUGGGCGGAUACUGAGGCAGCUGAAAGAGUUGUAGAUUUACUAUCUGGCAUUCCUGUUGUUGCAACUGAUCACAGCACGAAUAAACCUGGUGUUAUUUUCAUUAUCGAAAGAGCUUCUCUCGAAAUCGCUAAAAUUGGAAAGACUUACCAACUUCUGAACUCUGAUGAACACUCCAACUUUCUGAAGAAGAAUGGUCGAAACCCUUCUGAUUAUCGGCCUGAUAUCGCUCAUCAGGCAAUGCUUUCAAUUCUAGAUAGCCGAGUAAACAAAGCUGGGCGAUUAAAAGCUUUGUAUGUGAGGACUGAGAAAGGUGUCCUUUUUGAAGUGAAACCUCACGUUCGUAUCCCUAGGACAUUUAAGCGAUUUGCUGGCAUCAUGUUGCAGCUGCUACAAAAGCUGAACAUAACUGCUGUUGGUAAGCGAGAGAAACUGUUACGUGUUAUAAAGAACCCUGUUACACAGUACCUACCCAUCGACUGUCGGAAGAUAGGCUUCUCUCAUAGUUCUGAGAAGCUGGUGGAUAUUCAGGACUAUGUUAAUGGCAUCAACAAUGACAUGAACCUUGUUUUUGUGGUUGGGGCUAUGGCCCAUGGGAAAAUUGAUAAAGAUUAUGUCGAAGAUUAUUUAUCAAUUUCGGAUUAUCCAUUGAGUGCUGCAUACUGCAUAUCAAUGAUCACGAAUGCUGUGGAGCGCAAAUGGAAGAUUUUGUAGACUUGUACCUCCUAUAUUAUCGCAAGAUGUACUUUCUAGAAAGCUAUCCUUACUAGCUUUCUUUUUAUAGGCUUUCUGGCUGGUUGAGCUAGUGUUGCGUAAAAUAUUAAAAGGUGGCAAAUGACCCUCUUCUACAUUUUUGAGUGCCCUUUUUGUUCGUUUACUAUCAAUUUCAAACAGCCAUCUUCCUGUCGUCCUUUUUUUUUUGUUUUUUGGGUGAGACAAAUAUUGGCAUGUGGUGCUCAUAUCUGCAUCGGUCGAAGUAGAGCGGACCCCUGUAUGAUCCAAUCCGAGCACUUAUUCAACUUUAUAAAAAAAAAAGUACACAUUUUGAGCUUGUAACUGACUUAUUGAUGGUAUACACUGAAGUUUCAAUUUCAAAAUUUC